GUAACAGGAUUUCGUCGAAGAUCUUUGAAAUGAGCUUAGACGCUGCAGUGAGUGUAUUAACCAGAGCUGUGGAGCUUGAUCAAGCUCAAAGCUACUCUGAGGCAUUAGUGUGCUAUCAAGAAGGUCUAGCCUUGUUAAUGAACGUUCUGAAAGACACAAAAGAUGACUCGCAGAAGGUACACUACCGUGCAAAGAUGGAGUCCUACAUUGAACGGGCAGAGAAACUGAAAAAAUUGGUCAGGGAACAGCAAGAGGCGGGAACUUUUCACGAGAAACUCAAUAUCACAGAAGGAUCCACUGGAUAUAGCUAUAGACGCGUGUUUGAGAAGUACUUGGAGGGUAAUGUUCAAGAAGUUGUAGUCGAAGAUCCCUACAUUCGAAACAUUCACCAGAUAUAUAAUUUUCUUCGAUUUUGCGAGUUGCUAGUGCGUAAAGGAACGGUGCGGAACAUAAAACUGCUUACCACUCAAGAUGAAGAUCAAGAGAGUCAAAAUAAUCAGGCUAAGAGACUUCAAGGACUAAAAAACAGUUUAAAAAAACACAACAUAAAUCUUGAGAUUGGAUUCUCUCAAACACUUCAUGAUCGCGAGAUUAGAUUCAGCAAUGGCUGGGUGAUCAAAAUUGGUAGAGGACUUGACUACUUCAAACUUCCUCCAGGAAAGUUCUGUAUUGGUUUCUGUGACUUUGACUUACGAGAAUGUCAUGAGACAGUAGUUGACAUUUAUCUGAAGAAAGUAUGAAAAAGUGAUCAGGGCUAUUUAGCCUUAAGUGCAUGUAAUUGCAUAAUCCUGUUAGUAUUUGUUGUAUGUGUUGAUGAGAGACAAUAUCCCUUAGAGCUCUUUCUGUGUCCGUGCAGAUGGGAUGGGAUGAACAGAGCCUCUGGUGUGGGAUGUAGGGUAGAAGGAGCAGACCCAAUCUAGUUAGGGGGUAAUGGGAGUAAACGCAUGUAGUGUGGGUAUGUUGUCCACCCCUUAAUUAACCAACAGGGUUUGAUAACAGGAAGUUUUCUUUUCUUUCCUCCAUCAAAAUAACUCUGCAUGACCUACGUGACAAUCUGGCAUGACACAGUCACAUGACUAGUGACAUCACCCUUUGGAUAACCAUUAGAAAUUGUUAGACCCUAUCGGAUAAUUAUAAAAUUAAUGGAUACUUUUCCUAACUUCUAAAUGAACAUUAGUCACAAAGGGCUGACAAUCCCACUAGGGUGUCAAUUCCACCCUUUCUCAGAAUUGCAAUCUUUGUUUUUCUGCAAGAACACAGGCUAGUCACUAAAGCCCUAGUUGAUAGGGUGAUUAGUCUAUGGGUCUGAACAGACCAUAUUGUGGACUAGUUUGCAAAUACGCAAAUAUAUUGCUUCACAACAAAAUAGCAUUAUUUUCAGAAAAACUUAAUGACAAUUUUGCCAAUGGUUGAAGUAUUUUAGCAAAAUGUGACAUUUAAAUUUAAUUUUUCAUGAAAACAGUGCCAAUUUUUCACUUUAGGUUUCUUUUGAAUUUUUUUCAUCCACUGGUGUU